AUGGAUAAAGAAACGCAGGAAAAGUUGGACGGGCAGAAUGUACUCAUUGACCAAAUAGAGAAUGCGCUAAAUCUCGUCAGAGAGAUUGAGGUGUAUAUCGUAGAUAUUAUAUUUGCAAUGCGAACCGGAAUGGCAUUGCGCGAGGAAAAUGCGGCGCUCCAACGCAACGGUAUCAACGGGUACAUCAGAGCCAAUGGAGCCCACGGGGGACAUGAAGCCAACGGCGCUCACGGAGGUAACAAUGCCAACGUAGGCCACGAUGCCAACGUAGGUCACGAUGCCAAUGGAGCCCAUGAUGCUAACGAAGACCACGAGGCCAACGAAGACCACGAGGCCAACGGAGGCCACGAAGCCAAUGGAGCCCACGGAGGACAUGAAGCCAACGGCGCUCACGGAGGCAACAAUGCCAACGUAGGCCACGAUGCCAAUGAAGGACACGAUGCCAACGAAGACCACGAGGCCAACGAAAACCACGAGGCCAACGGAGGCCACGAAGCCAAUGGAGCUUAA